UUGACGAUAAUCCUAUCUAAACUGAUAAGGUUGAAUUCUAUUCACAUUAUCAUAGACUUAGCACCGCAAUGAACCAACUUCUGAUUCUUUCCUGCCUCAUUGGGUCAAUUGCCAGCCAGCUGGUUCUCCCACACGCAUGUCAGAAGAUAUGUACAGCCCAGUACUCACCAGUAUGUGGAACCAAUCACAUAACAUACAGUAACAUGUGCAAACUACAGAUCGCUGAAUGUGAAGCCAAACUUCACCACCGUUUCUUAGGGCUGGCCCAUACAGGAACAUGCUCAUCAGGUGGCCACGGUGGUCCGGUGUCAGUACCAACUCAUUACGACUGUCGACAACAAGAACCCUGCGACGAGGAGGAGACAACCGGAGAAGUCUGCGGAACAGACGGAGUUACCUACAAAAGUCAGUGCCAUUUGGAGGAAUCAGCUUGUGCUUUGGCCGCUGCUGGAGAUCACAUGACCAAGUCACACACUGGACCCUGUACGAAACUGGAAGCCAGUCACGAAUGUCCGACGAAAUGUGACGAAACUCUGGACCCCGUCUGCAGCAACGCAAAUGUCACAUACAAAAACCCCUGUAUCUUGAAGCAGACCUAUUGCCGAUAUUUGAAGUACAACAACCCUACUUACUUGGAAAGAUACGAAGUCCAGCACGCUGGGACUUGUGACGGUUCAGACCCCACUAAGACCAUUGCAGUUGAUUGUAGCAAAUAUAUGUCUCAUGUGGGAUCCAUUGCUGUGGAAGGCGGAUCUACGAAUUCAGUCAACUGCCCACAUAUAAGUGGUACCACUCACACUGUAUCUGACUAUGUGUGUGGCGCUGAUAAACACACUUACUAUUCAGAGUGUUACUACUGCAGACACGUUGCACAAAUGAGCAAAAAUGGUGACACGUCAGGAGCUGCUAUUUUGAUGACAGGAGUUUGUCCACGUUACAUAACACAACAUGUUAUUGGUUGAAGUUAUAAUAUAC